UGACCUACAGCGCCGAGGUGGCUACUGCGCGAACCCAGUUAUCGUUCAAUUUUGCGUACGUAUUUGGGAAUCGCGCAGAUCAGUCUGCUUACGUCCAGUCUCCUUGGAUCGGCCCCACACUUUUUAUUUUUACAGAACAGUUAAAAACGUAAAAUUCUGAAGGCCCAAGACUUAUUUAACACUGUGUACACACCCUUCACACCAAUAUGUCUGUUGUAAUAGAAACAACAUUAGGAGAUAUAACAGUAGACUUGUAUCUCGAGCAGCAACCUAGUGCAUGCCUCAACUUUUUAAAGCUUUGCAAAAUGAAAUAUUACAAUUAUAACUUAUUCCAUACAAUUACUAGAGGUUUUAUUGCACAAACUGGUGAUCCCACUGGUUCUUCAACAGGGGGAGAAUCUAUUUAUGGAAUUCUUCAGGGUCCCACAAGAAGGUUUUUUAAAGCUGAACGUGAGCCCAAGAUCAAACAUACCAAACCUGGACUUCUUUCGUUCGUUGGAGGAAAAGACAAGAUGGUUGGCUCCCAGUUUUUUUUCACCUUAGGUGAAAAUUUAUCGUACUUGGAUGAAAAUCACUGUGUAUUUGGUGAGGUGAUGGAAGGGUUUGACGUAUUAGAAGCCAUUAAUGAAGUAAUUUGUGAUAAUAAUGACAGGCCUUAUCAGGAUGUAAGAAUUACACAUACGGUGGUUUUGGAUGACCCGUUUCCCAAUCCGGAUAGAUUUAAUGCGCCCUCAAGAUCACCAUCUCCUAGCGCUGAACGGUUGGCUGGAGGUAGAAUUGCUCCUGAUGAAGAAAUUGAUGAGACUUCAGGUAGAACAGCAACCGAAAUUGCCGAGAUGCAAGCUGAACGUGAAGCGAAAGCUCGAGCGACCAUUUUGGAAAUGGUCGGAGAUCUUCCCGAUGCCGACAUGGCCCCGCCCGAAAAUGUUCUUUUCGUCUGCAAACUGAAUCCGGUCACCACAGAUGAUGAUCUUGAAAUCAUUUUUAGUCGAUUCGGUGAGAUUCGCUCGUGCGAGGUGAUUCGCGAUAAAAAGUCCGGAGAUUCCCUUCAAUACGCCUUCAUCGAAUUUAAAGACCAAAAAGCCUGUGAAGACGCUUAUUUUAAGAUGUCCAAUGUGCUUAUCGAUGACCGACGGAUACACGUAGACUUCAGUCAAAGUGUUAGUAAAGUUAAGUGGCUGGGAAAGGGAAAAGGUGUGGCUUAUUUAAACAAAAAGGGGGAAAAGCAAGGAAGAGACAUAGGAAAUGGUGAUUUUAUUGAUAAACAGAAAAAGGGGGACAGAAGGAGUAAAGACGAAAAAACUGACAGUCAUUCCCAUGAUAGGAGAAGUAGAAGUGAAAAGUGGCCAUCCCACAGAGAUACACGGAAAACGAGUUAUUCUGAAUCUUCCAGAAGAAACAGACGGGAUUCUCCAGACAGGAAACGCAGUUUUUCACCGCGAAACGAGCGUACUGAAUCGCGAAGAAAACGGAGAGAGAGAUCGUCAGACCGUGGUUCGAGAGAAUAUCGUAAAGAAAAAAAAUCUAGUAGAUCAAGGAAUCGCUAAUUAAUUAACCCUUCGGAGACAAAUCCUCAAAAAAAGAUGUUUAAUGUCGAGAAAAAGUGACAUACAAAUUUAGUUUUACAUUGUAA